UCUCGCGGACUAAUCUUCCGCUUCUGCUUCCACGCUCGGAGAAUGGUCCGGUGCGAGACACGUGCUUGACGACACAGCGUGCGACCACAGACCCGUCAGAUCCACGGCUACGAUUCUCCGGCCACGAACGGAAGAGAGGAUCACAGGCUCAACAAACAUGAAACGAUUGGUUGUACUGGUUUUCACCCUUCUGGGAUUUCUCGGCUCCGACGCCCUUCCGCGGGAUGCGAGCACUUACGAAGAGAUGUCCUUUUGGCUGAAAUCUGGACAGGAAAAUCUCCAGAAGAAUCUAGCUUACAGGAAUAUCGAACACAAGGCGAAGAACAUAAUUAUAUUCAUCGGAGAUGGUAUGGGUCUAUCUACGAUCACGGCUGGCCGUAUAUUCACAGGCCAAGCCAAGGGUACGACCGGAGAAGAAUAUAAACUGGCUUUCGAGAAGUUCCCCAACACUGGAUUGUCCAAGACGUACAACACCGACAAGCAGGUGCCAGACUCCGCUGGAACGGCCACCGCGAUCUUUUCUGGCGUCAAAUGCCGCUACAGGGUGAUCGGGUUGGAUACCAGAUCGCGAUAUAACGAAUGCGACAAAUCCACCAACGAAGUUAGCAGGCUGUCGACGGUCGCUGAUUGGGCGCAACAAUCGGGCCUGGCCACCGGGUUCGUCACCACGACCAGAAUCACUCAUGCUACGCCAGCUGGAUUGUACGCUCAUACCAAUAAUCGCGAUUGGGAGUGCGAUACCUCGAUACCGAAAAAGUACACAAACUGUGUAAAGGAUAUAGCGAGCCAGCUGAUCGAAGACGAACCCGGAAGGAACUUUCAAGUGAUGAUGGGCGGCGGUGCACAACACCUGGGUUUACCAAUGGAACCGACAGACCCCGAUACGUGCUUCAGAGGAGACGGACGAAACUUGGCGGAGGAAUGGGCGAGCAAGAAUCCCGACGGGAAGCUAGUGACCAACGCCGACGAACUGAUGUCCUUGGACAUCAGCAAUACUUCGAAGAUUCUAGGAGUUUUCUCCUCCAGUCAUCUUCCCUAUCACACGAUGAAAACAGCGGAGACACCGAGUUUAGCCAAUAUGACGUCGCAAGCCAUCAGGCUGCUACGAAAGAACAAAAACGGUUUCCUCUUAAUGGUGGAGAGCGGGAAAAUAGACAUAGCCCAUCACCGCAACUACGCCAAGCUGGCGCUACGAGAAGUCUCAGAGCUCGAGGAAGCCGUGAACGUAGCGUUGAGGCAGCUCAAGGUGGAGGAGACGCUGAUGAUCGUAACAGCCGAUCAUUCGCACUCGUUCACCAUAAAUGGCUACCCGACCAGAGGAAACGACAUCCUCGGGUUCGCCAACGAUCAAUACAAGCCGGAAAUCAAACCCUACGAGACGCUCAGCUACGCCAAUGGGCCAGGUUUCUACCAUCACAGGCGUAACGACAGCAACAACGUCAACGAGACGUGGAUACCCGUGGAGACCGACAAAACUCGCGGGGAACCGUUAUAUCAGAGCAUGGCUGGCAUGUACUUGAAGGAUGAGACGCACGGAGGCGAAGACGUGGGAGUCUACGCGAUAGGUCCCUACUCUCACUUGAUUCGCGGCACCUUCGAACAAAAUUACAUCGCUCAUGUCGUGGCGUACGCGGCGUGCUUCAAAGACUGGCCAUCCCAUUGCGACAACGCGUACAAUCGUUACUAUUACGAGCUGGCGAACUCGGUAAACCCGAUCGCUAGCUCGCCGAUCCUCCUGCUUUCGACGAUCGUGGUCCUUUUGGUCGCCAAAUUUUAGUCGUACGGAGUCGAGGCUACCUCAAUACAACGCACCCCUAAGUUUUUGCCAUCUUCCUUCCCUUUCCCCCCUCUCCGUUCGUUUUUUGGAACUAGUCGAAAUCGAAAGGAUCGCUACAAAGAGCCUGGGAACGUAAAUAAUCAAUGGGGGAGGGAAGAAAGGCCCAAAAGACAGUUUCCCCCUUCUCCUGUUAACAAUCCUCUAGGAGACCCCGGUCUCGACGUAGAACGUGAAAGUUGUCCGCUGUAAAUAAUUCGCGCAACUCGUCUUACACUUAGUGCAACGCUGCUACAUAACACAUACCUAAUAUAUUUAUAUCUGUAUACAUGCAAACAUACAAAUGUCGCGUACAGUACAAGAAUGGAUGACUAUAAAAGAAGAAAAAAAAGAAACAGAGAAACGCUGGAGAAGAUUUGCAAA